AUGCCAUCCAGAUUCGACGAAAAGAAAGCGAAAACCUUGGCUCAGCUUUCAGCUCCAGAAGAAGCGUAUUCCGAUCUGAGCCCCAAGGGCUCAGUGGACCGAGGUGUGCGAGAACUCUGUGCGGAAAUCAAUGCUCUGGAUGGCUUUGUCACGACGAGCAGCUGCGCUGGCAGGAUGGCCGUGUAUCUCGAGGGAGGGCAGCAGAAGAUCCUUCCAGAUGAGGAUAUUGACAAUGCCACAAUUGCUACCGCGGCGACGACGUCCACCGCGGGCAGCGGCAAAGGCGGUGGGGAGUGGCUCUUCGUCUCUCACGAUCCUUUGGAGUUAGAUGCUACGACAGGCGGCCUCAUGAAACUCUUUGGGAUGGACCCCGACACCAAACCAUCCACCCCAUCCACCUUGACCGGCAUACGGUUUGUACAUUUCAGAUUCGAACCAUUGAUCCUUCACAUCCUGACAUCCUCGCUACAACACGCCCAAACCGCUCACGCAGCCGGCCUAUCAGCGGGAUUCCGAGAGUCCGGCAUCAGCUCCAUCGCCGGCACAGAUCCUACGCCUAUAGUGGCUGUUCGCACCCAGGGCCUCUUCUUGUCCAGUAUAAUCGGCUACCAGGAACAGGGACAAGGUGUGGACCCCUCUUCCUCUGCUACGAUCAAGCCAAUGGUGACAGAGGAGUAUCUUGCAACUCUCGUGCAGUUGGCGAAUCGUCGAUUCCUCACCAACGAAGAGCGAAAGCAGAGGUUUCGGCGAGCAUUACUAAAGCCUGAGAAGACGCUUUUGGAUGUUAGUAAGGCGACCUCGUCGUGGGAGCCGGCAGAGGAGAGGAGGGAGAGGAAGCGGGCCGAAGGUUUGAGGAUUCGAGACGCGAUUAGGAGACGCGGAGGGGCGACGGCAGCAGCAGUGUCAAAGUCUGAACCACGUGGGGAGGCAGCGAAGGGCGAUGAGGAGGAUUACCACACAGGCGGGCUCGACUUCGAGCCAGACGUCCGACCGCCGUAG